GGCUUGUGGUGGUCGGUCAUCGUAGUCGGCUGCUUGAGCCGCGAAACCAUGGAUAGCUGAGCGAGUGCGCUUCCCUCCGUGAACUGGACGAUUUCGAGGAGAGCCGGUGGACGCUCGAGGUCACCGAGUUACGGCCCCACAUCACUGGUCUUGGGUGGAGCGUCAACCCGGUCUCCUGUCAAUAAUGUGCUGACGAAAGCUCGGUAGUAUGUCAACAAUGGUGGAGCCCAGGGUGUCACCCCUGCUGCCGACACCGUCGCCGGCGCGACGGCUCCCCGCAAUCCCUGUCGACCACCAAAUAUUUGUCGAAUGGGAGCCGCAGAGCAAGCGUUUCGCUUUGGCCCUGCACGCUCGGAGGAAGCAUAUAGCACAUCUCACUGCCACCGAAAUUCACAAAGCACACGGUGAACUUCGUCAGGUCUAUCCGGCGAUCGACGAAGUCUUCCCCACCAAACUCGCUCCUCGAACGUGCUCCGAAGCGACGUCUGUCUGCGCCAACCUCAAGCGUUACCUCAAAGGAGUUCUGGACGGUUGCGGCGCUACUCUGCUGGCAUGGGUAUUUUUCAUGGCGGAAGAGGUUUCGCAUGCCGAAUUCGACCCGGAGGUCGAUAAAUUCCAGCGGAAGAUCCUCGAAGUCGAUUUGGCAAAAAGCCGCGAUGAGCUCACUCGUCUGCUGGAUUCGAAAGCGGGUCUCGGUCUCGAUACCGCCUACAGCAUGGAAGAUGAGAUUGUUACGAAUAUUAGUCUAGCCUUGGGGGAACUGUUCAACUUCCGCAUUUCAACGUUCGCUGAGAUGAGAGAUCUUUGCGAAAAGCAACGAUCCUCUCACUGGACCGAUCGAGCGGAGCAAGCUCAACAAGCGGUGGAUGAACUCACCAUCAUCUACCACGCCGCCUGUCUCGAUCUAGUCUUAGGUCAGCGAGAUCGAAUGAAACGUGACCACGGUGCCGGAGUCGACUUCGCGCGCUGGACCGCGUCGCAUCAAGCCCGAUUCUUGAAAUUGAGUGUAUUUGUGAGUCAAGAGAGACUGCGCUGGAUGAUGGCAGUCAGAACCUUCAAACGAAGAGAGUACGACCGACUGUCCCAAGGCAAUAGUCCAAAGAAGCAAGACCGGAGUCUCACUGAACUCAAGAAGGACAUUUACGAACACCUCCUCAAAAUACUCCAAGAGGAGGAGAUUCUUCUGAAAAAGCAGAAAAUGAUCCUAGAAAAAAUUUCGUCUGGCGAGGCAGACGCGGAGGAAUUCGGAGAUGCGGUAGAAGAUGUGGAAGAGCUCGAAAUGAUCUAUGGCAAGCGUAAAUGUCUUACUCUAAUCGAAGCAACCGUCCGACUGAGUUCAAUAUACCAACGUCGAGCGAUUCUUCGAAAUAAAGUUCAAGCUUGUCAGAAUAUCCUCAACAAAGGCGGUCUCCGAGAUUCGAGUGUUUCCUUCACUGGUCGUCUCAGUGGAGACUCUUCCGGAUGCGUUUCGCUCACCACUCCGUCCGAGGAGGCCAUGGAGUUCUCGAGACGACGAACAGUUGCGUUUCUCCAAGAACAUUUCCGAGGUCUCCAGCCGAAUAACAUUCCGAUAGCUCGUUUGAACGGCAAAACCAACACGAACAUCAGCGACACUCGAAUAAAUGUCAAGGCGAUGUCUCUCAGCUGAGUCGGCGAUGCGGGUCGUUUCCGACUCCCAGCAGCUGCUCUAUCAACGGUGACAAUCGAUCUUAUUGUAUUGCGUCUGAACGAAAAUCCAUGUGUUCGAGAGUCUAUAGAGUUUGCGGUAUCCAAAAAGGGGCAAUUAUUUCGAGGGACGUCUCGAAGCGUCUGUCGUCAGAGCGGAGAUUCGUUCGAGUAAUAAUAUCAUUACAUGGAUUAUUGUGAUCAUCUAGAUAGAUGAUCGAUCGAGCGGACGACUGUGAGGCUCGUUUGUAUAUUUUGUAUAAUUUGGUGUUGUAGGGUUCUUUCAACUAUUUUCCACGACUUUUGACAGAACUGUUUUCUUGCACCAAGGUUGUUUGAGUUCGGCUCUUCGAACCGGGCUCCUAGGUAGGGAAAAGAUUGUCAUAGAAAUGAGAACAUUGAAUGCCUAAGAGAGUGAUGCAUAUGUAUAAAUGCACUUUGUGAUCGAGCGGAUUCAGACUCCAGAGUUGAUAUGGUAGUCUGAGGUUUUCUUCUCGGAGCCUCCCCGGAGAAGGGGUCGAUGUGACCGCACCCGGAGCGGUCCUGGGAGUGAUCUCACGGUCAAAGAAAAACCAUCCAGGAGGAAUGAUGAUUAAUAUAAAAUGAAUGA